UCGAGCGAUUAGAUAGUGCAGGACACGCCCUCGGUCUCGGCCGCGCGAGCCAGGUGGAGGUCGGAGAGGUCUUGGCUCCUCGCGGUCCAGCCAACAGUCUGCCCCCGAGCUCCGAGAGAGCUCCGCCAUCGUCCGAAAGCGCAGUGCCGGUGCGGGACCCACCGCCAUCCGACCGCCGCCGCCAUGCCCACGUCGCAGCAAGUGUUCGACCGCGAGGACAAGUACGGCGCCCACAACUACCACUCGCUGCCCGUGGCGCUCAGCAAGGGAGAGGGCGUCUACGUCUGGGAUGUGGACGGUAAGCGGUACAUGGACUUCCUCAGCGCGUACUCGGCCGUCAACCAGGGCCACUGCCACCCCAAGAUCAUCGCCGCCCUGGGCGAGCAGGCGGCCAAGCUGACGCUGUGCUCGCGCGCCUUCUACUCGGAUGCGCUCGGCGAGUACCAGGAGAUGAUGAGCAAGCUGUUCGGCUACGAGCGCCUGCUGCCCAUGAACACGGGUGUCGAGGGCGGGGAGACGGCCUGCAAGCUGGCGCGGCGCUGGGGCUACGACAAGAAGGGCAUCCCGGCCAACAAGGCCAAGAUCGUGUUCGCCGAGGGCAACUUUUGGGGGCGCACCCUGGCCGCCGUGUCCAGCUCGACCGACCCCGAGAGCUACGGCGGCUUCGGGCCCUUCAUGCCGGGCUUUAGCACCGUGCCCUACAACGACCUGGCCGCCCUCGAGGUAAGCAAGCACACCAUGGUGAUGAUGGAGGGCGUCCCCUCGGCAUACCGUUCACGACGAGGGGUUACACAUUACUCAAAUCAAAGGAAACUGUAA